GGGGCUGAGGAACCCCGGGGCCCGCUGAAGGGAGUCCUUGAGAAGCCCCAGUGAGGGUGCCGGGUGGUUGACAAGCUCCGGUACGCGGUCAGGGGGCCCGGCGUGUUGUGCUCCAUGAGCCGCAGCGCAGAGCCCGGGCUGGGGGUUCCUGGCGAGCUCCGGUGUCUGCGGAGGGUCCCGCUCAGCUGAGCCCCAGCACCCCCUCAAGGAGCUCGGGCGAGCCCCGGUGCGGGGUCGAGCUGUGCCGAGCUCCGGUGUUGCCCAGCCCCGGUGUUGGGCGCUUGGCAGCGCCCUCCGCCCGCCCCGCCAUGCCGGGCCAGGGCCCCUCGGGGUCCCGCCGGCCGCUGCUGGCCGUGGCGGUGGCGCUGGGCUGGCUGCUGGCGCUGCAGCUGCUGCUGGACCUGCGGGCGCUGGGGCUGCUGUGCGGGGUGCUGGCGGUGCUGGGGGGCUGGCUGGGUCCCCCGGCCCUGCUUCCCCGCGGCCGCCGCCUGCGCCUGGAGCGCUUCGUGAGCUCCCUGCGGUGCCCCCCGGGCUGCCCCGCCGACGAGGCGCGGCUGGAGCGGGAGAUCGCCAGCACCAUCCGCAAGGUGGUGCGGGACUUCGUGGCCUCGUGGUACCGCACGGUGAGCAGGGAGCCGGCCUUCGAGGCCGAGGUGGAGCGGGCCAUGGUGGGCCUGGCCGCGGAACUGCGGCGGCGCAUGGCGCGGGUGGACCGGCGAGCCCUGGCCCGCCGCCUGCUCCUGCUGUGCGGGCGGCACCUCCAGAGCUUCCUGCGGGCGCGGGACGCCCUGCGGGACGAUCCCAAGGGCGGCGGGGCGCUGUGGCGGGAGUACAGCCGGCUGGCGGGGCCGCACCCUGCCCUGCUCAGCCCCGCGGCCGAGGUGGGGUGCGCCCGCGCCGCCGUGGAGUCGCUGCUGCGGGCCCUGGUGCCGUGGCCGCACCUGGAAACGCGGACGGGGCGCUUCGUGGUGGUGGAGCUGGUGGCCUGCAACGUGCUGCUGCCGGCCGUCAGGAAGAUGUCCGAUCCCGACUGGAUCAACCUGCUGCUCAUCGGGAUGCUCUCCAAGAAGCCCCGCGGUGGGAAGCCCCACCCGGCACCCUCUGUGCCGGAUUCCUUGCCCUUCCCAGCACAGGUGGAUGCGGCUCCUGCUGGGCUGUCCCCCUCCCCGAGGGCUGUGGAGGGGCUCAGUAGAGAGGCAGGGGCUGCUGGCGAGGAGGGAGAGGAGACAAGCAGGUCGUGCCACACAGAGGAGCCUUUCCUGCGCCCCCGAGCCCUGGGAUCCCUCUUCCCGUGCGAGGGUUUGGAGCUGGAAUCCUCCACGCCCGGUGCGGGCCAGGACACGGACCUGCUGGCAGCGUCCCCCACUGGGGAGCUCCUUGAUGAGCCCCUGCAGGACCCCUCUGUGCCAGAGGGCCCGGCCCCUUUGGAAGAUGGAACGGGGGACCUGGAGGAGGGCCCUGCCCCCAGCUCAGAUGUUGGGCUGCUUUCCACCCCUGCCUUGAGCUCCUGCCCUGACAUCCAGAUCGAGCCAGUGGUGGAGAAGGAGGAGGAAAGCCCUGCAGUCCCCAGGAAGUUCUCCUCGCAGAGACCCUCCAGCCUGGGGAGAGAUCUUGGGGCAGCAGAGGGCCCACCACAAAUCCCCCCAGAGCCUGGGCAGUCCCUGCCCCUGCUCACAUCCUCCCCAACAGCUUCCAUGAGCACCUUCAGCUUUGAGCCCCUGAGCAGCCCCGACGGGCCUGUCGUGAUCCAGAACCUGCGGAUAACUGGGACCAUCACUGCCCGGGAGCACAGUGGCACUGGCUUCCACCCCUACACCCUCUACACCGUCAAGUAUGAGACAGUGCUGGAGGGUGAGGGUGCAGGGAGCCUUCAGCAGGUGGCUUAUCACACCGUCAACCGCCGCUAUCGGGAGUUCCUCAACCUGCAGACCCGGCUGGAGGAGAAACCGGAGCUCCGCAAGUUCCUCAAAAACAUCAAAGGCCCAAAGAAACUGUUCCCUGAUCUCCCUUUUGGAAACAUGGACAGCGAUAAAGUGGAAGCCAGGAAAAGUCUGCUGGAAUCCUUCUUAAAGCAAUUGUGUGCAGUCCCUGAAAUUGCCAACAGUGAGGAGGUGCAGGAGUUUCUUGCCCUCAACACCGACGCCAGGAUCGCGUUUGUCAAGAAGCCCUUUGUUGUCUCCAGGAUAGACAAGAUCGUUGUCAGUGCUAUUGUGGACACCCUGAAGACGGCAUUCCCCAGGUCAGAGCCCCAGAGCCCCACGGAGGAUCUGAGCGAGUCUGAAGUGGAUGGAAAGUCCCAGACAGAUGGCAAGAAGGCAACUAAGUCCAGGCUGAGGUUCUCAUCCAGUAAAAUCACUCCAGUGCUGAGUGUGAGUGAAGCUCAUGACAGGAUAGUGUACUCCAUCAGGGAGGGCAGCGCUGUCUCUGGCACCCUGUCGCUGGCUGCUAUGGAAUCCUUCAUCCAGAAGCAGGAGAAGCUGCUGGAAGCAAUCCCUAGCAAAGCUCCUGAAGGUGAGGGAGGCAGAGAAGCUAAGGGAAGCUCUGUGCAGGAGGAUGCAGAUGGGCUGAACACACCAGAGCAGGGGACACAUCUGGACAUGAACUCCGACUCUGAGACAGCUUUAGCUGAUCUGGCCCUGGAUGUGCUUCGCCUGGUGCUGGUGGAUCACUGGAGCUGGUUGUGCACAGAGAACAUUCACAAGGUCUUCAACCUGCUCUUUGGGACCCUUGUUCAAAGGUGGCUGGAAGUGCAGAUGUUUAACCUGACCUGCACCCAGCGUUGGGUCCAGUACCUGCAGUUGCUCCAGGAAUCCAUCUGGCCCGGAGGAGUUUUACCAGCAGUGCCUAAACCCCCCAGGACAGAGGAGCAGAAGAAGGCAACAGCAGAUCAGGCCCUGCAGAGCCUGAUGGGCAUUUUGCCUAAUGUGAUCCAAGAAAUCCUUGGGACCAGCAAGUGUCAGAUGAGCUGGAACCUGGUGCUGGAGUCCCUGAGCCAGCCUGUGAUAAACAGGCACCUGGUUUUCUGCCUCUUGGACAUUCUGCUGGAGUUCUUGGUCCUGAAGGGCUCCAGUGAGGAACCCAAAGCUACAGCUGCAGCACCAUCUGCUCGUGGUGGACUGGACAAAGCACUUUAGCUAGGACUGGUUGAGCCAGCAGUGGGGAGGAGAGGCAGCCACAGGCAUGGGAUGACUUGAUUUUCAGUGUUUACUGAACAUGUCUGGGAGCUUCUUGCAAAGAAUUUUUCCAGCCAGUGCUGAAGGAAGGUACUUCCAGGCUUCUCUCUCCUGGCUGGGAGGUGGAUUAAACCCAGUGCCAGGGGCUGAACAUCUACUGUGCAUCUCUUCCAUUGCUGACCUGAUAGAGAGCCUGGAAUGAAGAUGCCUGAGCAGUUGGAGAAGGAUGUUCAGGCUGCUCACAAACCCUGUGGUCCUGCCCCAUGUUUCUGAACAACUGUAGCACCUGAAGGCAGAGAUAGCACAUAAGAUUUGCUUUUGUGGCAUCGAACUUCACCUGGCACUGGCACAGAGAGACUUGAUGGGAUGGGAUCUUGUUGGUAAAUGUUCCUGCAGGAAGGGGAAGGGAGGGGAAAUGCUGUCCAUGCUGUCUAAUCAUCCUGCCCUGUGCUUGCAGUGCUCAAUUGGUGUUACUAGAAGGAAGAUGGGGAGGGAAUGGAGUGUGGAGAAGUCAGGGUCCAGCUGCCCAGACACCUGGGAGGUGAGAGCAGUGCAGGAAUCAAAGCUGCUGUGCUGCCUUAGUGACAGAGAUCAGCUGCUUCCCACUGCUCUGACAUCAUCAGUUCCCCAUCAUCUGCCUGAUAAGUAGGAUGCAGGUGGACUGUGAUCCUGUGGGAAAGAGAACUCUCCUCAGGCUAAGGAGGAAUGGCAGCUUGGCUGGACUGUAGGAUUCCCUUUCUGAGUCCCCUUGUAGUCCCUGGGGCUGUCACCUGGAAGGCACAGGAGAAGUUGAGCCAUGUGUGACACAGCCAGGAUCAUGCAGGGUCACAGCUCCUGUCUGUCUGUAUGCCCCAUGUACCCCAUGGGCCAUUUCAUCCCACAGAAUCAUGGAAUACCAGGUGGGAAGAGAAUGCCUGCUGUUCCUUGGAGCUGGAUACUCCAUGGCACAUUUGGAGGGAAGGGCAAUGUCACUCCAACAUUCCUGUUCUGCUCUUCCCAGAAGAGCUGCUUAAUAAUGGACCCACAGCAGUGUGAGCUGCUUCUGUGUGUGGUGUGAAAAUGCAGGAAGGGAUUGGCUUGCUGUCUGCAAAAAUAGAGUUUUAGGGAGCUCUAAGGACAUGCCAAGGUUAGGCAAAGUGCAAUAUAAUGAAGCAAAGCAGUUUGGCAUCACUUUUAUCAGAGCCAUUUCUCAGCAGUAACACUUGGGAGAUGGCAGAUUGGCCACUUGCUUGGGAAAAGGAGGGAGGUGUAAAGUGUGUUAGGCAUAAGAGUUGCAGGAUGCUUCGGGAUAAUCCCAAAGCAGAGAUUAUUGGGAAGGAGGGCUCAAAUAUCUCCCUAAAUACCUGCUUGGAGAGCAGCUGCUUCACCCUGUCUUUCACUGCCAGGCUCUUGUUUCCCUUCUUUUCCCUGCUGCUUCCAUUUACUGCCCCAGCUGUCAGGAGUGGGAGCAGGAGCCAUCGGCCAUGGCUGAUGCAGCAGAGCUCUGGUGUACUUAGUGCCUUCCCAGAUGCUCUUGGUGUGCUUGUUUGCUGUUGCUUCCUAAUUAAUUGUAUGGUUUGGAGUUCCAGGACCCUGGUCUGUCAUUAAUUAGGGAUAAUGUUAAGGAUUAAAUUAAGGACUGUAAAUUAUGCAUUGCCGGCUCCAGGGCCAAAGUCUAGCACAGUCCUUGCACACACUGGAUGUGGCACUGGAAGAAGGAGCUGAUGCUUCUCCUUUGCCAGGAAGCCCAAGUUGUCCCUGCUGUUAAACCUCAUCUCUGCAAUUAUGCAAAUGACUGAAUAUUCAGGAAAUAAUCUGUGGGUACUGCCAGUUUGGGAGCUGGUGCUUUGCUGGGAUGGUGUAGCCAUGAUUUGGGGUUGUACCAGCUGCCACAUCCCCCUCUGUGUUUAUUUACAUGGGAGGAGCUGGGGCAGAGAGAGAUGAGGUAGAUUUACUUACAUGCACUUUGAAGUCAGUGUUGGAGUUGGAAACACACCCAGAAGCUGGGAUUGUGAGAUCUUUGUUUUAAUCUCCAGAACCCCCUUUCUUGUCUCGUUCAGGCUGAGCACUUUCUCAUGCUCCCACUGGCUGGGCUUCAAUCUCCCAUUCCCUCCUUGGCCUGGUCUCACAGCUGAGGUGAAGUUGCCCAGGAGUGGAUAGCCCCUCUCUGGAUCUCGUUGUUAAGGAAUAAAAAAAAAAAAUCCAAUAAAAAGCUCAGCUUUUUUCUCCUGCUAGUUCUUUGCCUCGCUGUAAUUUUGGGAUUAAAUUGAGCACCAUGGUGGCAAAGGCAAACUUCUGCAUUCAGGUGGGCUGGAAGUUGAUUUGCAUUGGACUAAGACUAGAAAAAACUGCUUUGGGAAAGCAAACAAGGUUGACAGAAUAACUUCAGCUGUGUGUCAUAUUCCCUUUUUCUGCAGGAAUUUGUAGAAGGAAUUUGCUGAACACUUCAGCCACCUCUUGCUGAAGGGAGGGUGGGGAGAGCAGCCAGAUUUGAUCUCAGUAAAGAGUUGGCAGCCUUGUGUUGUGUUACAUGUAGAGCAGUUCAUGCUUCUGGUGGGGGACAGCUCUCCAGGGCCCCUCUGCAUGUGUGUGAUCCUCUUCUGUCUCACCCCAGUCUGGUUUUGUGGCAUUGAGGAAAGAAUUUCUUUCCCCCUGCCUCAGUUUCCCCCUGGUUGACUGGAAGCUCCUUGGAAGCAGGAGCUGCUCCUGUGGACAGCAGAACACAGUGGUAAGAACUUCAGGGCUCCACUCUAAGCUAGAUAUUCCUGUGUUGACACAGAGCUUGGUGAUUUAAUUGUGUCUUCAGGGGGAAAAGUCCCCCCAUGCACUGACUCCCCGUUGUAUUUCCUGUAUUCAGCCCUUUGUAUCAGCUGUUUGUGGUGCUGCUCUUGGAAUCAGUGUAGAAUUGUCUCAAAAACCUGUUUUGUUGCUGAAUGGGAAGCAAACCUGCACUCCCAAGUACCUGUGUGCAAUAAUAAUAUUUUAUUUCAGACUUA